AUGUAUCCUUACGAAAAGUUUAUGACGACGAGCUUCUCGAUCUUUGAGGCCCACUAUAGCAACAUUAUGCUUACUCUCGGCAAGGUGGAAAGAGCCCGUCGGCUCUCACUGCGAUUUCUCACUAUGACAUGUACGGCCAAGUACGGGUACCCCGCGCAGGCCCAUGUCCCCGACGACGCGUCAAAAAUGGUUGAUCAGAUUCCAACCUCGUACGACUCAGCUGUGAUGCUGCCUCUACUUCGAGAAGAAGGAAUUGGCGACGAAGUCCUCAAUGCAUUGAAAUCCGUCCUCCUAUCCAGUCGGCGCGAAAACGGAAACUGGAACUUCUUCAUCCCUGAAGAAGAUGCCGAAAUCGACUUGUUUCCGGAUGACAUCGAUGAUACGAGUUGUCCUUUGGUGGCACUGUACUGGAACGGUGAUCUGACUCUAGAGGAAUUACGCUCUCAGGCCGAGGUCGUGAUUCGCUCUGCCAUGCGCAGAACAAUAGUUCACCAACGAUAUCUUCAUGUCCCCAAAGUAUGCGUGGGCUGCCUGGUCAAUUUCUUAUGGCUACUUUCGGUGUCAGGAUUGGAAACAGAUCCAGUAGCACUUCCUUCGUUUCAGUUUAUCAAGGACUUCCUCGGCGCCCUGCAACGACAUCAAGUUGGAGACACGGCCCUUCCCGAGAUGUCGUAUUAUGUUAACCGGUUUGUCAUCUACUUUUUCCUGAGCCGCCUUCUCGACCAAAGCCAGUACGCUCGUGAGGUGCUGGCCGAACAGUUCGAGAAUAUUAUCGUCUCCGAACUAGAAAACAUGACACGGGACAAAGGCACUGUAUCGAAUGCAUUGAACAUAUCAGCUCUGGUCUUGGCCAUACUGACAUUCAAACCGCACUUGUCUUCCAGCUUAGGCGGAUCCGCUCAAGUACCAAGAUUGUGCAUGGCUCUUGUAAACGCACUCCUGGAUCUACAAAACCCGGACGGGUCCUUUCCAACUGGAAUUGUGUACAAAUGGAACAAACUGGGUUAUUAUGGCGGCUCCAGGGCCUACACUACGGCGCUCGCCUUGCACGCGAUAGGCAAAUUGGAACGGGAAGUCAUGGUGAAGGAGUGGGAAAUUGAUUCACCGCGACUAUGA